GGUGGGACAGCUUUAUCUCACGUCGCGUUCAUGUGACCCCAGGGUCUCCUCUGCAUGGGACCCAUGUUCUAGCCACUUCAGCUGAAGCCCUGCAGAUGGCGCUGUCCCGCUGUACAAAUCAGACAGUGUGUCCGUGCAGUCACCAGGGGGAGGUCAGGCACACACCUCCCAUGUUUCUCUCUCCGCUGUCUCCCCCUGUUCAAACCUCGGAGAGGGAAAACACUGUGUCCCAGUCAGCGCUGCUCUCCACACCGCCAGGCCGCCGCGCCGAGCCCCGUCCGCGUCCUGGAGGAAACCACCACGUCAACACACUUUUCAUUAUAUAACCAACGAGGGACUAAACCGCUGCAGAGCUCCGCUGUUGACCGAGAGAUGUUCUGCAUGCUGGACAUGAUCACCUCAUCCCUCACAAGAGCCCUGUAACCAAUGGCAGCUUCAGUCCAGACUCUUCCUCUGACCCGUGGCUCCGACAAAAACUUCCGUAACCCUUUCCCAGCCCCGCCCCUCUCCUCCCGUUACGGCAUGGGAAGCGUAGGCAGUCUGGUGGAGAGGCCCGAUGUGUCUCCGACUAAAGGCAGCCGCGCCGUCCCCCAGGUGAGACCCAAGCAGACCAACGGCCUCCUGAAGAAGGGCUUCACCCAGAGAGAGCUGCUCAACUACCUCAACAUCACCAGAAAAGAACCUAAAACCCACCCAGGCAGGGAUGGAAAGACGGAUAUUAUCUCAGGCCUCAGCUCUGCCAGUGGCCGUGAAGAUGACAUAUACGCCAAGGUUUUCCAUAAAGACGGCACCGAAGUAGAUCUGACAAAGAACUCACUGCCAAGUGGGGGCAAGUAUGAAAAGGUUCGUUUUAGAUCGUCGGCCUUCAAGCCCGUCACCCCCAAAAACUUCACCUCCAUGCAAAACCUCUAUCCUUCGUCAAAGUCGGAGGAUGCAGACCAUGUGUCCAACGGGCUGCACAGAGCUUACGCUCAUGUCUCUAAAGCUGUUUCCACAUCCUCCUCGUCUUCCUCACCCUCACGUCCUGGACCAACAUCCAGUGGUAACAAGGCCGUCUCUACUGUGCGUGGGCUGAGCCAGGAGGAUGAUAACCUGUCAGACUCGGGUCAUAACUCCAUGAGCAGCCUGCCGCCCUACCGACCUCCCUUCCGCCCACACCUGUCUCACAUCAGUGCGUCCAUGGGACACAUCAACACCAUCGGCUCCCUGGAUCGCACCUCUAUGAAGGCGAAGGCCAUAGGGUCAGAGGGCGUGGCUGUAGGGGAGGUGGUGUGUCGGAGCAUGGCAACCCUGAGCCGUCUGGCUCCAUACGGAGGGGAGGCUCCACCCCCUUAUGAAUGGACACUGUCCCUGUCUGUGGAGGAAGUGGUGCGGGAUCUGGAGGAGCGGCUGGUGGAGAAAGAACAUGAGCUGAAGCAGAUGAAAAGAAACCUGGACGAGAGCGAGGGCGCCAUCGUUCAGGUGUUCGAAGGGAAGCAGCGUCUGUGGGAGAAGGAGGUGGAGGAGCUGAAGCGCCUGUACGCCGCCAAGCUGCGUCAGGUUUCCCAGCAUGCCCAGCGUUCCCAGCGCAGCCUGCAGUUGCAGUUGUUUAAGGCCCAGCAGGAGAAGAACCGACUGCAAGAGGAGCUCGACGGCCUGAGAAAGGAAAGGAGCCAGGAAGCUGGAGCCACAGUAAAGUCAACCAGCCCAACCCUGGAGGAGACGCAGUGGGAGGUUUGCCAAAAGUCCGGGGAGAUCUCCUUGCUGAAGCAGCAGCUGCGGGGCUCACAGGCAGAGGUGACCCAGAAGCUGAGCGAGAUCUUCCAGCUGAAGACGCAGCUCAGGGAGACGCGCAUGGAGCUGCGCAGCCGGGAGGACCAGUUCGACUCCCUGAAGCUCGCCCUGCAGGGGACACAGCGCCGCAGGUGUUCCUCUCAGAACGGUCGUGAAGACGGAAAAGGAGCGGAGGAGACCACUUCUGCUACAGGAGGGUGCGGGGGGCCCACGGAGGAGCGACUGCGGGCAGAGCUCCUGCUGGAGCGACGCCAGAGCGAGGCCCAGGCCAUGGCUUUCGAGGACGAGAGGCACACAUGGCAGACGGAAAAGGACAAGGUCAUCCGUUACCAGAAGGAGCUGCAGGCCGGCUACCUGGAGAUGUACCACCGCAAUGAGGCGCUGGAGAGGGAACUGCACCAGCUGAGGGCGGGCAGAGAGCAAGGAGCAGGAGCAGGAGGAGCAGAAGGAGGAGGAGGAGGAGGAGGAGGGAGCAGAAAUGGAACAUUGGAAAGAGAAGUGCCAGAGCAGAGGAGUGAGAGUGUGGGAGAAGACCAAGAGCAAAGACCUUCCUCUGCUCUGCCGUGGAUAGAGAGGAUCGAAUCCUCUGAAAUUUGAAUGGGACACAUUUGCGAUGCAAACUAUUUUCUCGCUGAAGUAUGGAAGCUACGGAAGAACAGGUUACCAGGAAAAGAAAAAAGAACAUCCAAAAAUAUAAAUGAAAUCUGUAAAGACCAAAUUUUACUUGAAUAAUUAGUAAAGAAAAUUGUAGAAAUUAGGAAAAUUGAGGAUCACAACUUCCUGAGAGGAGAUUAUGUGACUUUUACAGACUGUAAAAAAACAAAAUUAAUGAUUAUUAGUAUCAAUAAUACUAAAAUUGUACCUAAAAUACCCAAAAUCAUGAGUAAAAAAAUAAGAAAUAACCAGAUAAAAUGAAAACAUAAUAGGUGAUAAUAAAUUAGAGUUAAUAAUGUCAGUCAAACAAUUUGACUCAAAUUAAAUGUAAGUAAAAUUAGGCACAAUCUCAUUGUUAUGACCAGAAAGUCAACAUUGUGACAAAUUUCCCCUCCUUUUAUCUGAAAUCAUCUUUGGAUGCUCUCACUCUCAUCAUCUCAUCCUUUUCUUGGUGAAUUACGUUUCUAAGGGUCCUGCCAGCUUCUGCCUAUGCACCCUAGUUUAUUGUUCAAUGCUGUUUCCUAUAAGCUCGUACAGAAACACAGCAAUGGCUGAACAGGAGUACAGUCUGUGCCUCGUCUGUAGAGUUCCGAUUGUGAUAGCAUCAGCUUUAUAUAAAAUGCUGCUGAGCUCCAGCAAAGCCCCUCAACUGUCCCGCUUCAGACUUCUGUCCAAAUAUAAAUCUGUAAAUGUACUGUGACUGAUUUGUGUUUAUUUGGUUGCUACUGUUUGGUUUGGACGGUAAACUUAGGAUGAAAAGGGAAGCGCAGGAACACCCCUGCUCCCGUGUGUGCAGUCGGUCAGCUCUGUGGAUUCACCUGGGCUCUGGGAGGAAAGCUGCGUCUCUGGGUUAAGUAUGGAGGAUUAAAGCUGUCUGGUGCCAAGGUACUAAUGCUGCCUCUGUUUAGCCCGCUGAAGAAACUGGAAAUGUCCGACUUCUGAUACCAAUAUAUUUUGUACAUAACUGUCGUUUGAUUUGCCUUCUCUCAUUGUACAGCACUCUGUUGUCUUAAACGGACCUUCUCCAUAUUUUCUGAUUGCAAUGAAAACAAUCAGCAGAUUCAGAUGAUGAAUACGACUGCUCUGCUUAUUGGGGCGACCUGUUGCACGUCGCCGAACCAACAACAUAAAAUGCAUGACCUGGGUGGAGUUGUUUUUAUCGUAUUGUUUAUCAUUAAUAUAAGAAAGUUCAGAAACCAGCUCUCAAUCCGCCUUUCAACAAACUGUGACUCUCGUGUGUUUACUGUAAUUAAAACUGUAUUCUUUCUAACUGGAUUCAUAAUAAACUGCUUUGAAGUGGUGAAA